ACACACCAGUAUUUAGGGGCUUCUGUUUCUCGUAUUGCUUUUCUUUCUCUUAAAAUCUCAUCCUUCUCUCACAACUUGUUCCAUGGCUUCUCUUCUUUUCCUCGAGCUUUAUCCUUUUGCUCCUUGACAACUAACUUUUUUGCUUCCGAUCUUCCUCGGUUCUGUUUCAUGUUCUGAAAAUCUGUGAGCUGAAAGCUGUAUUGGUCACAACUCAUUGAAGUUUGAGAAAUCCAGAGGACUCUAUUUGUAUAAGUUGAGGUUUGAUUUUGAAAACCAUGCCUUGUUGAUCAAAACCCAGAUUCUGAAAAACGGUUUUCGACAAGAAAGCUAGAAGUGAGGUUUUAAGGUAUCAAUGAUGCAAGAAAUGGAGAAGUUUGCUGUUCAAGCUGGAACUUUCAAGGAAGAUGAUCAGAUUGAUUUGCCACCGGGGUUUCGAUUCCAUCCAACCGAUGAAGAGCUUAUUUCUCACUACCUGCACAAGAAGGUUAUCGAUUCCAACUUCGGUUGCAAAGCAAUUGGUGAUGUGGACUUGAACAAGUCUGAGCCUUGGGUAUUGCCAUAUAAGGCGAAAAUGGGAGAGAAGGAAUGGUACUUUUUCUGUGUGAGGGAUAGAAAGUAUCCGACUGGUCUGAGGACAAACAGAGCAACUGAAGCUGGAUAUUGGAAAGCUACUGGGAAAGACAAGGAGAUUUACAAAGGGAAAUCCUUGGUUGGCAUGAAGAAGACCCUUGUUUUCUACAGGGGCAGAGCCCCAAAAGGUGAAAAGAGCAACUGGGUCAUGCAUGAAUACAGACUGGAGGGUAAAUUCUCAGUCCACAACCUCCCCAAAUCUGCAAAGAACGAAUGGGUGAUUUGUAGGGUCUUUGAAAAAUCUGCUGGUGGUAAAAAAAUCCAUAUUACUGGACUUGUGAAUUCGGGUCCUCAUGGAACUGAAAUGGGUUCUUCUGGUUUACCACCUUUGUUGGACUCGGCGCCUUACAAUGGAGCCAAGACCAGACCUGCUUCAGAGUCGAAUUACGUGCCCUGCUUCUCCAACCAUGAGUCCAUUGAUUCUCAAAGAAAUCAAGGGAUUGUUGAUUACAUCAACAGCAAUCCUCUUUUCUCUGUUUCUUCGAAUCCUUCAAACAACAACAACGCUUUCCCACGAGUCACGUAUCAGAAUUCACUCUGCUCUGCUCCCGUUUCAUCUGCGAAUUUCCAGUUUCCGAGUUCGGUUUUAAUGCAAGACCAUCUGAGGGCCUUGCUUGAAAACAAUGUCUCAUUCAUGAGGCAGAACUUCAAAACAGAGAGGGACAUGAUCAGUGUGUCUCAAGAAACAGGUCUUACUACUGAUGUGAACCCUGAAAUCUCUUCUGUCAUGCCAAAUCCUGAGAUGGGUAGGAGGCCAUUUGAUGAUCAAGAUAACUUUUGGAUGUGAAUCUGUUAUGUGUAGUGAAAGAAAGAAGUACAGCUAGCUUCAGCUACUAGCUUAUUAUUAUUGUUAACGUUUUAUGAGAGUUGAUUGAUGGUGUGGGUCUGUGAAUAUGAUAUUUUCUGAAUUAAAAAGAGAAUUUGAUGAAAGUGAGGCCUAUGUCAUGUAGUAAUGUGAGAAAUUAUUAUGAUGUGAAACUGCUUUUGUAUUUAAAUCUUGUUGAAACUGUUCAUAUA